AUGAUGACAUCUAAAACUGAGCGAGCUUCAUUUUCUGCUUCAUCUGCUGCUCUACUUGCCAUACCAUAUUCAAUAACACCUGGUCAAUCACGUAAUUUUGAUUUAACUACAUCAUCUUAUAUAGCUUCAACUGGUUCUAGUACAGAUCCACCUUAUUUAUAUAGUCAAUUAAAAAGUAAAGAAUGGAUUCAACGUUAUGGUCUUAAAUCACAAAAAUUAACUUUCGAUCAGAUUCUUCAACAGAUUGGAUUCAAACGUGUUGAAAGUUUCGAUCCAGUAAUUGGUAAAACUAUUACCGCUAAAUAUGCUGGUAAUCUUUAUCAUGAAGUACAACAAGAUAACGGUGAUCGAUAUGUCUUAACAUGUCGACCAGAAAAAUUACGUGAAUAUCAUCAUCGUUUAAUACGAAUGUUAAAUUUAUUACGAAAACGUUUAUUAUUUAUAACGAAUGGUUCACGUCGUCUAUUUGGAAUAAUUGGUGAACCAAGUGUAUGUCUUGUAUGUGAUUGUAAAAAUUUUGAUCAUGGAAUAUUUAAUCAAUUUCAAAUAUCUUUAACAAAUUUACUUAAAGAACAAAUUAGUAAAAUAAAAAAAUUUAAUAUUAUUUGGGUUUCAAAUGAUAAUGAACAAUUUCGAGAACAACCUAUCGAUGCUAAUGCAUCGAAUAUUGAUCAAGCCAUUGAUUGGAUAUGUGAUCGAAAAUGUCCUCGAAAUAAAAUAUCUAUAAGCGCAACAUGCGAAGCCAUUCUUAAAGCAUUUAAUAAUAAUGUUCAUAGUAUUUAUUUAAUUAGUGAAGGUGAUUCAUCCGAUUUAGCUCGUGAAAUGUUACGUGACAAUAUAGUUAAAACACGUCUUUCAUCAACUUCUCCAAUACCUCUUCAUGUUGUUUCAUUAUUUUGUAAUAAUAAUGAUACACAAGUAUUUCUUCGUUCAAUUGCACAAAGUACUGAUGGAAGUUAUUUUUCUUAUAAAAUUAAAAAUGAAAUAUCUGAUUUAAAAGCUCCAUCAAAUUUAAAUGAUCCAACACGAAUUAAAUUACAAGAUGAUAAAUUACAAAUGGGUACAAAUGCUUUAACACCUCUACCUGAAUAUCCACUUGAUAUAACAUUAAUGUAUAAAGAAGCAAUUGAAUGUCAAAAUAUAAUUGAUCGAAUAGAAAAAAUUCUUGGAUUUAUAAAAGAUGAAAAUCAAAAUCCACUAAAAUCAUUUGAUUCAUCAAAAUCAAUAGAUGCAUUUAAUGUAUCUGGUGAUAAUAAUUUUCAACGUAGUCUUGUUGUUCAAUCAUCUGCUUUAUUUAAUAAUGAAGAAAAAGAUAUGACAUCAGCCGAUUGGUUAAAAGCUUAUGGCAUCGAUGCACAAAAACUUGAUUUUUUUUCUAUUCUUCAAGCAGCAGCAUUUCGACAUUGUGAUGGAGUUGUUAAAUUACUAAAACCACCAGACAAUUCCGAUGAUGUAACUGCAAGUACUCCAGCUAAUCCUCAAGAAAAAUUAGUAAAUGCAAUAUAUUGUGAUGAAUUUGCACAUGUCACUUGGCCAGAUGGAACCAUUCGACAUGUUUAUGUUACACCAGAAUUAUAUCGGGAUUAUGAAAGACGAAUACGAGCUUUACUUGAAAAAAUUAAAGCAAGAUUAGCAUGGCUAAAGAAAGGCAGUCGAGAUGUAUUUGGUACAGUUUUAGAAAAUAAUAUCUAUGUUUUAAUUGAUACGUCACAAAGUAUGCAUCAUCAUUUAAGUUUUGUUAAAGAAAAACUUCGUUUACUUAUACAAGAUCAAUUAUUUGCUAAAGAACGUAUUAAUGUUGUUGCAUUUAAUUCUAUAGUUAAUCCAUGGCGUGAUCGUUUAACAAAAAUAAAUGAUUCAACAACAUAUUCUCAACUUCAACCAUGGAUUGAUGGACUUAAUGCUGAAGGAUCAACAAAUACAUUAGCUGCACUUCGUUUUGCACUUGCUGAUCCAGCUACUGAAGCUAUUUAUCUUUUAACUGAUGGACGACCUGAUCAAAAAGAACGACAUAUUCUUUCACAAGUUCAAUAUCGUCAAACAGUUCCAAUACAUACAAUAGCUUUUAAUUGUAAUGAUCAAACAGCAAAUCAAUUUCUUUUUGAUUUAGCUAAACAAACAGGUGGACGUUUUCAUACAUUUAGUUAUGGAUUUGAAAAACAAUCAACAAUUGAAAUACCUGAGAGUGAAGAUGUUGGUAGUCUUAAAAAAGAAUUAAUACGUGGAGAAAAAGAAUUAGAACGUAUAGCUGCUCUGCGUGAUGAAUGUUUAGGUCGAGCAUGGUCACGUGAAAAUAUACAACCAAAAAUGUCAAAAUCUAAAAGUCAACAAAUUAAUAAUACUGAUAAAUCUGUGUCAUUUCAAGUUAAAAGUCAAAGUACACUUGAUGCAUUAUUUCGACCAAAAAGCGCUACAAUGUCACACCGAACAACGAAAAAAAAAAGUUCAACAACAAAUCGAAGCCGUCAACGACGACCCCAAUCAGCAAGUAAUCUGAUACAAUAUAGUCAUGUUAUUAAUUUAAAUUCUGAUCGAUGGCUUUUACCAGAAACGCAAGAAUAUUUAAAAAUAAAUAAUAAUAAUAAUAAAGAAAAAGCAAUAUCUGAUACAGAAGAUCAACAUGAUGUAGAAAUUGUUACAACUAAAACAAAAACAAUCCGAACUCCUUAUAAUGAAGUUAAAUCAUAUCUGAAAAAAAAUAGUUUAGUUUCAAAAGGUUUAACAAUCUUCGAUGUACUUUAUCCAACAUCAAUAACAGUAAAAGAUCCACAUCAUAUUCAAGUGAUAGAUCGUUAUGUUCUUGCUAAAGUUUGGGAUGAUAUAUUACCAUUAACAUAUGGAUCAUAUGUUGGUAAAUUACGUUUAGUGAAUCAUUAUGCUGUGGAUUUAGAAAAAUAUGAAGUUAAAUUGAAAGAACUUCUUACUAAUUAUUAUCAAUUUACUUCAAACUUUAUUUGGAAACAUUUAAAUGACGACGACAAACGAAAACUUGGUCCAUAUCUUCACUGGCAUAGUUUAUCAAAAGACGAACAAAAUAAAAUCACUAAAGAGAUAAGUACAGAAGAAUAUACCAGUCAAAGUGCAUUAGAAAAUUUUGCUUGGAUAAAGUUGACCGAAACAGAACAGAAUGAUCUAUUACAAAAACCUGUAGUUUAUGAAGAUAAAAAUCAAACUUUGUUGAAGAAUGCAUUAAAAGAAGCUGAAGCUGAAUCAGCAUUAAAAGGUAUUGCUCGUAUGGAUGUCGAAAUUCAUCGUGCUACUAAAUUCUUACAAAUAUCAACUGAUUUACGUCAAUUACAAAAACGUGCUGAUUUGGAUUCCAAACCAAAAGAAGAACAAAAACCAAAACUUAAAAGAAAACCAUCAUCAGAGCGAAAUUUUCAUCAACGUGUUAUUUGUCGUUUUGAUGCUGAUGGAUUCUUUCAUCCUGGUAGAACUAUACAAAAAGGUGAAGAUGGUGAAACAAUGAUUCAUUUUGACAUGGGUAUAGAACAAGUAGCAAUUGGCCAUAUUCUAUUACCAACAAAUGGUGCCAUUGCUCAACCAAAUUUAUUUGUAGAAGAUUGUGUUCUUGUUCGUCAGAAGAAUAGAAAUGAAGAGUUUUGGGUACCUGGUAUUGUAAUGGUUCUUCCAUCACCAGUUGCUCAACCACCUCCUUUAUAUAUGGUACAAAUAUAUACUCCAACUGCAUGUCGAGUUAAUGUAUAUCGUCGUGAUAUACUUAAAAUAAGUUUAAGUCUUUUUCAACGAACUCUUUCAUAUCUUCAAAUUCUCAACGUUGGAAAUACUAAUGAAUUACAAGAAAAUUCUUCUUUACAAGAUGCUCUUCAUACGCAACUUGGACCAAUAAAAACAAAAGUUGAACAUCUUCAUGAAUCGCAUAAGAAACAUUACAAUGAACUUAAAACAAAACUUGAAGAUCAAAUGGAUGUAAUUAGAAAUUUACAAGAAAGAACACCGAAAAGAGAAGUUAGAUUUGAAUCGACUCAAACAGCUCAAAUAUCAUUAAAACCAAUAGUAAAUGAACAACACUCGCCAGAUGUACCCCAACCACCCAGUUCGAAGCCACCAACACCACUAAUAGAUUUUAUUAAACCAAAUACACAUGUCUAUGCUCUAUGGUUGAAUGAUGAUAGACUUGUUCAUGAGGGUAUUGUAUUAAGAAAGCAAGAGGAUUCAAAUAAUUAUAUUGUCCAACGAUCUAGUUUGCCUGAUAUUGAAACCAUUAUUUUACGUGAAAACAUAUUUCUAGAAUCAGAGCUUAAACGUGUAAAAACUUUACCUGCUAAAUCAUGCAUUCUUGUUGAAUAUCGAGAACAUCUUCCCGAUUGUUGGAAACCUGCUGUAAUUCUUCCUUCUGAUAAUGAAAAAGAGACAAGACAAGUUCGUUUUUAUGAUUGUAUGAUUAAAGAUAUAUCAAAUAAUGAAAUGGUAAUACCAAUUAGUGAAAAAACUUUUGAAAAUUAUACAAAACAUCGCAUUGAAUACGAAAAAGCCCUCAUUGACCAUGUUAUUGUUGGUUUAAAUAGUCCAGAAAAGAUAUUUAUGUUAGGUACAAUAAUUAAACGUGUUGGAUAUGGUCAUACAUAUAUUAUUCAAUGGUGUGAUGAAAAAAAAAGUGAACAAGAAGAAGAAUAUUUAUUUGGAGCAUUUACUACACCUAUUCAAUGUCAACCAAAUGAUUAUGUUUUAGCUAUGGAUAAUGAUCAGUAUAUUUAUAAAUUAGCACUAGUUAUAACUAAAUCUAAUGAUCAAAAAACAUUAACUGUUCGUUUUAUUGAUUCCAAAGAAAAUAAUAGAGAAAUUGAUGUACCAUCGACUACUACAUUUGUAAUCACUAAACCACAUUAUAACUCGAUUAUGAACAAACUCUCCUCAGAUAAAUCACCUGUCGAUUCUUAA